UGACAGGUGGCAGCGACGUUCCUCCUCUGCCUGAUGCUGAAGAUGGGGCGUUUGAACAGAUGGAGUGGAGCGCCGAGGACGACGACGUCCCCGCGCCCGCCCCCGGCGCCCACGCGGCGCCGCUGGACCUCGUGUGGGUGCCCGAGGACCCGGAGGCCGCCGCGGCCGCCGAGAAGGCCGCCGCCGCCGCCGAGGAGGGCGAGGCCGCCGAGGAGGGCGCCGGCGGAGAGGACGCCGGCGAGGAGGCCGGCGAGGAGGGCGCCGCCCCCCGGGAGGCGCACGGCGACACUGCCGAGGCGGCGCACGACGCGGAGGA